GUUCACGACUUUAAUUAAGGAAAGCAUAUUUAGGAUGGAUUAAGAGAAAAGAGCCUCUCGCCUCAGCGCCGCCGCCCGCCGCUACUGUUCAACUUGCAUUUCCAAAUUAACCCCUUUAUUUAUUUAAUCACUGCCUUUAGUUUCUACAUAUAAUAAUUAAUAAUUAAUGCGCCUUCUCAGUCUUAUAUAGCCGGAGUUGAUGAAUUAAUUCAACCGUAUCCAUCUCCCCCUUUUUCUCUCGAUCUAGAAAUUAAGCAUAGCCAUCAUGGAGAUGAUAAACUACCCAAUUCUCUUUCCGUGUUCUUCUUCUGCUUCGACAUCGCCGUCGCCGGGGACGCCGGCGGCGGGGGAUCCGUCGGCGAUUUUGUCGCUGAACACGGUGGGAAGUUACGGUACUUCGCACGCCUUUUCCGACGGCGACGAUCAGUUUCGCCACGGGAGCGGCGAGAAAACAAAUGGGUUCAGCUUGUUGGGGCUCUCGAGUGGGGCGGAUCAGGUGGAGGCGCCUGCCGCUGAAGCCAGAGCUGGUUCGGAGGAGGAGAUGAGAUCAAGCGGCUGUAAUAAGAUGAAGAAGGCUGGGGAUCAGAGUGGGAAGAAGAUCAGACAGCCCAGAUAUGCGUUUCAGACGAGGAGCCAAGUGGACAUUCUGGAUGAUGGGUACAGAUGGAGGAAAUAUGGCCAAAAGGCUGUGAAGAACAACAAAUUUGCUAGAAGCUAUUACAGGUGUACACACCAAGGGUGCAAUGUGAAGAAGCAAGUUCAGCGUUUAUCGAAAGACGAAGGAGUUGUGGUGACGACUUAUGAAGGCAUGCACUCGCACCCCAUUGAGCAAUCCACCGAUAACUUCGAGCACAUCCUCAGCCAAAUGCAAAUUUACCCUUCUUUUUGAUUCUUAACUUUAGUUUUACCCUUAAUUAGUCAUAAAUUAUUUAUCGAGGCAUUAGUGAUUCAACCAAAUUCAUAUAUUUUGUACAUUUGACAUUAAGGGUUGCACAGUUUAGUAGUAAAACCAACUUCUAGUUAUCGUGACUAAGGUCCGGUAUCUUUUCGAACUUUAUUUCAAUUUCCUCCUUGUUUCAUAUGUACUAAAAGGAACAUGUUUCGUAAAUUUUUAUUGUUUAAAUUACACUCAAAACCUAGCUAUUAUGAAAUAAAUUGUCGUAAGGGUUAGCUAUUGAGAAAUCCCUUAUUGAUUAUCAAA